UGUGAAAACGGUGGGGGUGAAAAUUGCAUAAAACCGUCGUUACAUUAGUUCGUCGUUCGUUUAACAAUGGAAAUUAAAAAACCAAGCUACAUUCACAGACCUACUGGAUUUCAGUAUAAUUACCAGACUGUUCCGGAACGAUUGCUAUAUAUGGCUCAGAAAUGUGGGGAUAAAGAAGUCUAUGUUUUUCUUCACCCUGAUGGAAGGAGAGACAGUAUUAACGCAAGAGAGUUAUAUCAAAGGUCACGUCAGUUGGCAUACUCGUUGAUGUCGUUAGGGAUCGGUGCGGGUGACAUUGUAGCUACUUGUUUGGACAAUGAGCUAGAUUUGUUAAUAUGCACCUUCGCAACUAUUUGUACAGGGGCUAUUAUUCUGAACGUUGUUAUGAGGAAUGAGGAUGGUAGCGAUCUAAAGCAGAAACUAUGUAAACUUGACGUAAAAUGUUUAAUUGUGAACCCGGGUAAGGAUCGGCAAAGAUUUACAGCUUGUUUGAAUUUCAUAACAAAAUUGAGUCCAGACGGUUUGGUCGAAAGCGAAUCCGUUCCUUCACUUAAAAUCUUCAUUUCGACGACAUUUGUUGAAGAAAGACAACUUAAGCAACUGAAUGAUCUAUAUAAAGAUCCAGGGAAUUCCUUCCAUUUCCCUCGACUAGACCCGGAAAUGACUGUAGUACUUUUGCCAACUUCCGGUUCAACAGGCGAGUCGAAGUUUGUAGCCCAUUCGCAUCAUGAUGUGAUGAUAAUUGGCAAUCAUCUGAAAGAAUCAUUUGGUUAUGAUUCCGGAGAUGUGAUUUAUAACGAACGCCGAUUUGCUUGGAUAGGUGGGUUUCCAUUUAUGUAUUUGCAUGACGGCGUCAAAGUUGUGACGAAAACACAACCGUUCGAAAGCCUUCAAGAGCAUUGUGAAUUUACAUACAACGCAAUGCUACAAGAGAAAUGUACUGUCGCAGGUCUUUUCCCUGCCACUAUCAUUGGUCUUCUUGACAAAAUAAAUGGGAUGACGUCACCUUCAAAACUUUUUGUUAAAAAAAAACCCCCGUGGGUUGUCUUGUGCACCUGUUUGAUGAAGCUUAGGAGAUUUCGGAAAAAAGUUACAAGUUUUUGGCUCUACAGAAAGCAGGGGUUUGCACAUUUAAUCUGUGAAAAGUAA